AUGGAAGCAGAGCUUUAUUUCAGAAGCUUUUUUGAUUUCUAUUGCCAGCAUCAAAUUGAUUCAGAAAACAAAAUUAAGCCUUUCAAAAUAAACCCGUAUCGACACAAGCUAUUUGUAGUUAAAUCUAUUUUGAUAAUGAUCACGUGCAUUUGGCUUGGAAUGUAUGGAAAAAGGUUCGAAAACGAUUUCAUACCGAACCGUAGCUGUAUCAAUCGUAUGAUUAAUUGGCUAUGCAUAGGAGCUACCUUUGCGACAAGUUUCGUUGUUACUUGGGAAUCAUUGGCUGCUAGUAGAGAGGACGUGCAGGUAUGGAACACUUUCAAUUCAAUUGAAAAUUACUUUGAUUUUAACGAUUGUGAAGUGAGAAAGCAAUUUCUAAAAUCGCGAAGAGCAUACAGCAUUACGUUUUACACUCUGAUAACUGGCAUGUGUGCGGUUGGUGUGAUAUUAACGAUCGAAUACAAAUUCAGGGAUAGAGCUCUGAUAGAGUUUAUUUUAAUUUUUGCAAUCCUAAGCAUUGUAGAUAUUUUUAGAAUGCUACACAUUGCUUUAUACGUACGAAUUUUAACGACAUACUUAAAGCUGAUUAUGAAUGACAUCAGUAAAAUAGCUGUGAAUGUUAAUGUAAGCGAUGCUUAUUCAGAAACAUGCAACGAGAAGCUGCAAAAGAAACAAUUACACCGCUUGUCCACGUGUUAUCUAUUGUGCAUGAAAGCAUUCAAACAGAUUCAAGAUCAGUUUGCUUGGGGUCUUUUCAUUGUGUGCUUGAAAUAUAGCAUAGUUUUAUGGAACGACAUUUAUUGGACCGUGUACCGGGCCAUUAUGGAAACCUCAUUUGAGUGGUUUUGUUUGAAUGUGGUUCCUUAUCAUUUUGUGUUUUUAAGUUUUACGUCCACGUGUGAGGGUCUGUACUCUGAAGUGAAAACGAUGUCUCAGCUUUUGUACACUUUCGAUUUAAAUAAGACUGCAACAUGUGUGAAAGUGUGGAUUGUGCAAUUGCUGCUUUUGCUAGAAUACAAGGUUUUUUUCUUUCACAUGUUCGGGGUAUGCCGCAUUUCGUACAAUCUUGUUCUACAGUAUAUGCUAGCCGGAGCAACGAGAGUGUCUUUUAUCGCGCAGAUUUUAAUUGAUUUUUACUGGGAAAUGAAGUAA